UAUAGGCAUUACUCGAGGGAAAGGUGGUAUGGGUGGUAUGGUAUGACGUGUUGGAUUUCCCAAGGUGUUUUAUUAUUGUUUAGUAUGAUUAUAACGGCCUUUUUUGAUGUGCAAGAUAAUGAAGAACGUUUUGAUACGUGUUUUUAUGUUCACAAAGUUUACGGUCAAUCUAAAAUAUUGUCAAUUGGUAACACACCAUUGAGCUGUAAGCUAAAUACUGUUUUUAAUAUUAUUUCUACACAAUUCAUAUCAAUUUUCAAGAAAAACGUAGUCAUAAAAUUGUUUAUUGGAUCUAAACGUACUUUGGAAGGACGUGACUGCAAAAGUACUAUUUUCAAUACUGCUAACCAAAAUGUUUCCAAGACAUUGAAGAUAGGGAAUGAGAAAUGCAAGCUUAUGGUAAACAUGCCAGAAAAAACAUUUUCUUUUCCUAAAUGUACUGCAUCGAACUACCCAGUGACACCAGAUUUCAAUGAGAUUGACAAAUACUUUGACCUGUAUGCAUUUGAUUUUAAAUGGUCUAAGUGUAGUGUUGAUCCGAAAAACACCCAAACUGCAAACUGGGUUGAAGUUGGCACUACAUUUGCAUAUUGUCCCAAACCGGAUGAUAUCGGACAUUUUUUGAGAUUUGAAAGUAAGGUGAGAGGUAGAAAGGAAACAGCCAUGACCAUGGUAGCAGUAGCUGACACUCCUGUUGUUCGUGGAGAACCAAAACCAAAAUGGUUACCCAGGUUCACUGGGAAAAAUUUACAAGGCUGCAGUUUCCGGGUGGUUUCGUACAACGUCCUGUCGGACAUGUACGCAAAGAGAGCUGAAGAACGAGGAGAACUCGUCCAUUGUCCUUACUAUGCCACUGAUUGCACCUACAGGAUGGACUUGGUUCUGAAGGAGUUAAAAGAGUACAAUGCUGAUGUAAUUUGUUUGCAAGAAGUGGAUGAAUAUGCAUAUACCAACAUGUUCAGAAAUUUUUUUGAACGACGUGGAUAUUAUGCCCUCUAUCAGUUGAAACAUCCAAAAAUAAAUGAAGGACUUGCGUGUUUCUUCAGAGCUUAUAAAUUCAGGUUGUGUGAAAUUUCUUGCAUAGCGUAUCCUCGAGAUAUGUUCUGCAUGAAUCCUGUUUUUCAAUACCUGUACGAAGAAGUCAAGAAAAACAAAAACUAUGCGGAUGCAUUUAAAAGUAGUAGCGGUAUUCUGAUGUGUGCAGUUUUGCAGACUGGAAAUUUGUCCAGAUAUGUGGUUGUUGGCAACACACAUCUCCGCAGCGGUGAGGAAAACGGCCACAUUCGUCUCAUGCAAACCAUGAUGGCAGUUGAGCAUCUCCAACACAUUGUUGCAAAGUACAAGCAAAUAGGCCCGAACGUGGAAGUCACACCGGUCCUCUGCGGUGACCUCAACAGCCUGCCGCAGAGCAGCGUGUUGGAAUUACUUGAAACUGGCAGCCUUCCGGCAGACUGUCCUGAUUGGCGGAGCAAAGUAAGUGAAGCUUUCGAAGGCAUGCCCCUUCAACAUGAUUUGAGACUGAAAAGUGCUUACACCAACUUGGCAUACACAAACUACACUACUGAUUUCAAGGGCUGCGUUGAUUACAUCUUCUACAACUGUGAUGAUCUUCAGUUGAUCCAGACGGUGCCGAUCCCGGCGGAGAGCGAGCUGCAGGCUCAGGUAGCGCUGCCGAGCCUGGCGUACCCCUCGGACCACCUGGCGCUGGUGGCAGACCUGGGGUGGCGCCGGGACGCCGAUGCCAGUGGCCCGUCGAGGCUGCAGGCGAAGCUGGGGGACCUGCAGGUGGCCCCCGGCAGGCGAGGAGCCCCCAAGCCUCGCGGGAGGAGCCGGGGAGGGAGAGGCAAGGCUGCCGGGAACACGUAGUCGGGAGUACCUACCGUGUUUCUAACACGUUUUUUAAUCACUAAACAUCACUUGUCGUCAGAAUUUCUCAACUUUUCUGUACUAUAUGUCUGUGGUGUGUUUCGAGACUAUACAAUUUUUUGUGUGCUCGAUGAUUCAUGCGUGUUUGUAUAUGUGAUAUGUUGAUACACAACUAUUUUUUUUAUAAACACUAAUGAAAGCGUAAGUCUUGUUCAGGGAAAGAAACUGUUGACAAGAAUUUCAAAUUUACAAAAAGAUGCCUAAAAAUUCAAAAUACAUACUUUUUUUUUUUGUUUCUAUUCUGUAAUAUUGAACACUAGAAUUAUUGCACUCCGGUUUUGUGAUUAGUAUUUACAAUAAGGGGUCGUCCAUUAAUCACGUGAUGUUUUUUUAGCAAAUUUUUAACCCCCCCCCUACCAAUAAAUCACAUGUAUUUUUUGGUGCAAAAUAUUUUUAAAAAUUUCGGAAUAUUAUCUUUAAUUAUAGGUAUAAUCUAAUUUAAUUCUGGAAAAUUAAGCACAGUGAUAAAAAUGUCCAGACACACAUUUAGGUUGCAGGUUUAUUCUCACUGGCAUAAAAAUAAUAAAGGAAAUGCUUAUAAGAUGUGAUUUACGCAUGUAUUCGGCGCCAAAAUCACAGACUUACUAGCGACUGGCAUGCCGAGCCGGGUGGUUCAUGUUGCGGCGGGUGGGGAUAUUGUUGCCUGGCUACGGCGAGUCUAGCUAUCUUUUAAUUUUUAUGUUGUACAUAUGUCACUAAUAUCAUGCAUGAAUAUAUAAAAUGAUUAAAAUAGAUUGUGGCAACAGAUUUCACAGGCCAAAACAAAUACCAUGUUUUUUGGAACAAGAUACUAAACCUAUAUAACUUCUAUUAGCAGUAAGACAAAAUUAUAUUUUAUUGAUUGCAUGGUUUUAAUAAUUUUGUUCUAUUGCUAACAUGGUUUCAGAAUGCAAUUUUACCUUUUGUCACUGUUUUAUUUCCUUAUACAUUUUCCUAUUAUGUGUCUGAGUAGGCCUUUAACCAACCACAUUUCUGUGGCUUUAGUCAUAGACUGCUUUUAUUUACUUAGUACCUGAUUGUUAAAAUAUUGUACAUGGAAGUCUUACAUAAAGAUUCAUGGGUGAGUUUUUACAUGUUAACUGACAAAAAUCAGUAAUUUAGGUGAAUUUUGCUAAAUUCUGUUUUAUUUCCCUUGCUUUUUGGAGCUAGAGGUGUACUGACUUCCAUUUCAGUGUAAGUUUUGGUUUAUCACAUCACCAAAUAAUCUGGCUUCUAAGUGUUUUGUUCAUAGCAACAGGAAAAAAAAUAUUCUAUUCUGUGACUGUUCCAGGUAAUUUAACAACCAUGAUGUGUCACUUUUAUGUGUAUUGUGUAAGGAGGGGGGAAUGUACUAAGUGUAGGGUGUUGUAUCACUGUUUUAUACAAUCAAAUGAGAGUAUUUUGAAAAUUACUAUUUUCACAUAAAAUAUGAAUAAGAGUGUAAUUAUGUAUGUAAUAAUUUUUUUUAUAUUGACUCUCUUAGUCAUUUUAAGCACUGUAUUUACCUGCAGAAGAUUCGUCCUUGCGUAUGAGUUGCACCUAUAAUUUUGGGCAUUAAAAUAUAACAUUUUCACGGCAAGGGUCCCGCUCAAAUAAUGGUCACACCAAGUAUAUAUCUGUCUUCAGUAGAGUUCUAUAGGUACAAGUGAAGCCUUUAUUUUCCUGGUCUCCGCUUUAUUGGUGGCUUAUUGGUGCGUUAAAAAUAUGGCACUUUCUUUUUCUCUGCUUUCUGUCAUACAUUAUUACUGUGGGAGAGGGUGAGACAACAGUCCUCCCUCCCUUCUUUAUGGCCUCUCUCAUGCCCCCACCUAACAAAAAUACAAUGGAAAAGAAUAAUUUUUUUUUUUAUAAUUUUGUUUCCCUUACCACCUAUUGUAUACGUAUGUUUUAUUUUUACCCGGCCCUUUCCCCAAGAGAGGAAAGGUGGCAAGCUACUCUUCCUUGUCACCAAUAAAAACCUAGCACACACACACACAUUACAGUCAGCAAGCAACUUGUGUUGUGUGGGGGGGGCUGAAGAAAUAUAAAAGCUGCACUUCAAAGAAGCUAAUGAUAACUACAGUUUUGUUAUGGAAUGUUGCAGUUGAAAGCGUGGGAAAUCUCAGGCAAAAAAAAAAAAAAUAUAUAUAUAU